AUGGCGACUCUGAGUCGCCGGAGCCUCCUAUUGAAAGAAAAAAUUCUUAGAAAAUAUGAAGAAAAAAAACGCCAGAGGAAAUCCCUUGAUGUCGGACUCCAGGAGGAAUGCCCUGAUGAAGUCAUAAGAACGAAUAAACGUUGGAGUUAUUUCUGGUUUUGUUUUGCAUUGUUUGUGAUAUGUAAAAAAGUGGUGGAUACAGUAAGGGCUUCCCGUGAGCCAUUAAAAAUUAUACUCAGGUUUAUUUGUGUUGUGACAUGCGUUGUGACAUGUUGCAUCACUUUCAAUUACUUCUGCCCAUCACGGAAGAUAACUAUAUCCGGAAUUAUCGAUUUACCACUCCACCCACAGUAUUUAACUGAUGGUGAAGUUUUUCAGGUAAUUAGUAUGUUAAUUUUAUUAACUUGCCCAUCCCGGAAGAGCACAGAGAAGAAUGAAAUCAAAAACGAAAAGGAUGAAAUCAAAAAGGAAUAG